AUGCCCCCCAGCCUAACGCUCCUGCUCACAAAUGCCUUCGGACUGCAAUCCAAACUUGGUGAGUUCCAGCACACCCUAGACCAAGUCCAACCUGAUAUCGCCAUCAUCACAGAAACCAAGCUCACCCCAGAAAGUACUACGCAAGCAGAGCUGACGGUCCCUGGCUAUUACUCACCCUUGCGGCGUGACAGGACUCGCCAUGGCGGUGGUGUGGCAGUCUGGGUUAAGACUUCCCUCGCUAUGCGGGAGCUGGAAACAAUCGACGUGCUUGAUCAGGAGCUCAUCUGGCUAAGCGUCAAGCUGUGCAACGGCCAGUCUGUGGUCAUAUGUGCAGCUUACCGCCCUGGAACGUGCUCAGACACAGACAUCACCAUCUUUGACGCCAUAUCUGCGGGCCUCGAGUCGACAGCGCGCCGAAAUUCGCCUGUGAUCCUAGCUGGUGACUUUAAUGUGCACAACCAAGACUGGCUCCACAGCAGUCGAACGACACGUGCAGGCGAAUAUGCAGAGGACAUGUGCCACAUGUAUGGUCUUGAGCAGCUCGUCCAUGAGCCAACCCGUGGUCGCAACACCUUGGACCUCGUAAUGUCAGAUUUACCAGGCAGAAUCGUCACGCCUCUGCAUCCACCCCUUGGCAAAUCCGAUCAUGCAGUGAUAGUUGCACAUUUUGAUGUGGCACCAACCCCAGACCGUCCGACCAAGCGCACAGUAUGGCGGUACCAGCAAGCCGACUGGCCCCGCCUACGCGCCUUCCUGCGCGACUCAGACUGGUCCUUCCUUGCUACUGAUGACGUUGACACCUCAUGUGACAAACUCACCAGGAAAGUCACAGAGGCAAUGAAACGAUUCAUACCAUCCAAAGUAUUGAAGCAGCGAGCCAGCAACCCAAUCUGGUGGUCUCCUGAAUGCCAAGCAUGUGUUGACAGAAAACAACAGGCGUGGAGGCGCCAUCGGGCGUCCCCAGAUGAUGCUGCACUUCUGUCAAUCUUCAAGGAGGCAGCAACUGCCGCAGUCGCCACUCUGCAUCGAGUAAAGAUGGCCCACAUUGCGACAGUAAGGCGCAAGAUCAGCGCUGGAGGUCUCUCCAGCCGAGAGUGGUGGACUACGAUCAAACGUGCUGGUGGCCAUAGCAGCCGUUCCUCGGAGAUCCCGACCUUGACCCAGGCCAACAGUGUCGAAGUCAGGCAGAGCGCAGCGAAAGCUGAGGCUUUUGGAAAGUUCUUCUCGUCAAAGUGCAGUUUGGGUACGGAUGACUUGCAGGCAGACGUGCUCCCACCAGUUCGUCGCCGCUCAGAUGCGCAGCUCCACACAGUGCACUUCCGACCUUGUGCGGUCGAGCGCGAGCUCAGGAAGGUCUCCGCUGCAAAAGCCACAUGA